CAUCUGUUACAGUUCUGUAGGAGGUUUAAGCACUUCAUAGCAAGUUAAGCUUCAUAUUGCAGUUAAUGGAUUAUCAAGUGAAGUGAUUUAUUGUCAGCCUACUUAUUUUCCAGGGCACCGGUUUGAUCCAGGAGUUCAUGUGGGUUUCCUCCCGUGUGAGUUGUUUGAGUUCUCUGGUUUUGUUUCAUGCACCUUCAGAAAUAUGGCAGUAGGUGAACUGUGCUGUUCUUGCCCCAAGGUGUGGAUGAGUGUGUGAAUGUGUUUUCACUCAGUGUCAGCACCCAUCCAGAGUGUAUUUCAGGUAGCAUUCUGGUGGUCUUGUAUAGUUUAAAACAUGCCCGUCUGUGCACAGAGAUUUUGCUUUUAGUUGUUUAUACUCUGAUGUUUCUCUCGAUAGUGUGUGUACAUGAGUAUCCUGCCACUUUAAACUUUAGUCUGCUUCCUUAGCAAGCAUCACUUCCUUUUCACAAGCUGCUGCAGUCAGUCACCCCAUUCAGCUGUGUGUGUGUGUGUGUGUGUUCCCAGUGGUCUUUUCCCAUUCCCUAAUAGCCCCUCCUUCCCUUGACCAACCCAUCCCCCUUCAGUCACACACCCAUGCCACAUGAGGCCCUGCAGUCUGACUCAGUGAAGAAAGUUACCCCAGCCAGAUUGUACGUACAUGUGUGUGGGUGUUUGUGUUUGUCUCAGACGUGUUUUUGUCUCAGACGUUCCUCUGCUGAAACACACUGCUCUGCCCUGCUCCGUCUUCACAGGAAGAUCCGGCAUUAAUUAUUCUGUCUUUGAAGCUAUGAGCAGGUCCGGCAUGGAGCGUCGACUUGGGAGGUUAAGCAGACAGGGAACGUCCGAGGAGCUCCCAGAGCUGAAAGAGGUGGCCGAAGAGGUGAGAAGCCAGAUACCAGUGGUGACCGUGGAAGAUGUGGACGGAGAUGUUGAGAACAAAGAGGAGAAUGAUGGGAAGAGGAAGACUAAGGAGGAAGAGGCAGCAGAAAGGGAAAGGAAAGCUCAGAGGCAGAGCAUGACCAUACAAGAGCUGGUGGAUACAGAGAGGAACUACUUGAAGAGCCUACAGAUUUGCACAGUUACUAUCCGCAACAACCUAGAGAAGCUACAGCCCCCACUGGAUAAUCUGGAUGGAAUGUUCCAGCACAUUGACAAAGUCAUGGACGUGUCCGGUCGACUCCUGAGCCUCCUGGACAAGGCACAGGUGAAGCCCAGUGAUCCUCAGUUCCUUGAAACUCUCUGUGCUUCUUUCCUACAAAUGACAGAAGACAUAGAGAUGGCAUACAAGGAAUAUCUGGCAAACUAUAAUAACAUCACAGCUAUAGAGGCUGGCUACAAGCAGAAGGAAGUCCAGUGGAUGGAAAUGGUGAAAGUCAUCAAGUCCUCUGCGCCAGAUGUGAAUGCCUCCACUCUCAGUUUCUUUUUGGUGAUGCCUGUACAGAGAAUUGCCCGUUACCCCCUGCUUCUGCAAACAAUACAGAAACACACUGAUCCCCAGCAUCCUGCCUACUCCCUGCUGGAGCACACGGCCCAGGUCACAGUCCAGCUCAACUGCAGGAUUAACGAGUACAAGCGCUUCCGUGAAGUGGCUGAUAAGUACAAGAAGACAGAAACCUUGACCAUCAAAGACAAGAUCAACCGGCUGAGUGGUCACAGCAUUGCUAAGAAGACAGCCAGACUGAGCCAGUACAUUAAACAUGAAACUGGUAUUGUACCAAAGGUUAAAGAUGAAGAGUUUGAUGCCCUUGUAGGAUUUUUCUUUAUUUUAGAGAAGUGUGUUACAGAUCUGCAUGCCAAUAUGGCAACCUAUCUCAGCCACCUGCAGAGGUUCCUCAGCUGUAGGCCAGAGGAGGCUGACUUGGACCUGGAGGGUGAGAAGGCUGCCCUCUUCUCAAAGGAAAUUACUGUUGCUCUGAGACAGUGGAUAUUCCCAGUUUAUGAGGCUCGCCUGAAGACUUUGGUAUUCAAACCAUUGUCUUCUCUGCAUGAGCUGAUGGCCGGGCCACGCAACUUGAUCCGCAAGAGAAGGGACAAGCUGCUAGACUUUGAGACGAUUGAGGAGAAGAGUAGCCUGAGCUAUGAUGAACAGGCCAUUGCCAACACCUACAAGACCAUUAACACACUGUUGCUUAACGAGCUGCCUCAAUUCAAUGCUAAAUCCCUGCAGCUGCUGUGGGCCACGCUGGGUGCCUUCAGCUGCCUACAAAAGGACCUGGCUAUGGACAUGGAACAGCUCGCCACCAGCUUCACUCACCAGCUCCCACACACUUAUAUGGACAACAGUGCAUUCUGGGAGUGGGCAGAGAGCUCAGUGCUGGAGGGUGCCAGGAAGCUGGAGAAGCUGUGUCAGAGCGUUCAGGAUGAGCUCAAUGCUCCCAUUGUGAAGCCUGUUGUUGCAGUGUCUGAAAAGUGCCUGAAAGGACUGAUGGAAAAAUAUGGUGCAGAAAAGCUCUACCAGCUGACUGGGCCUGUGGUGGCCACGCGUGACCUUGAUCUUAACCUGAACAAAGGCGAACUGGUGGCUGUGAUCAGCGAAAUGGACACGCGAGGGGACCGCCGCCGCUGGCUGGUAGACGCAGGAGGUCCCAGGGGUUAUGUUCCAGCAUCCAAGCUGACUCACUACAACCAUGUUUCUCUGGCACAGCCUCCUCCUUCCCCACUCCUCAGCGCCACAUCCAAUGGUCCAGGAGCAAGGAGACACUCGUACACACCAGGAAUGCAGCCCAUUAUCACCAGAACUGCGCCCUGCUUCCAGGUGUUUGCAGGGUACGACUUCACAGCACGGAGCAGUCACGAGCUGUCUCUGAGGUCCGGAGAACCAGUGCGUGUAGUGGAGCCUCACGAUAAACGUGGAAAUGCCGAGUGGAGUCUGGUGGAGGCGCGAGGUCAAAGAGGCUACGUCCCUACUAACUACCUUGCCGUUCUGCCUUCAGUGGUGGCAUCACCCACCCUGCCUUACCACUAGAAUCUACUACUACAGCAUGUCUCUAUGUGCACUCCAAACACUCCCACGCACACAGCUGAAGUGUUCUCCAUGUGAGUGUGGGUAGGUGAUGAUUUCACUGUCCAGUCUGUGAACUGGAGUGGUGCUCAGGCCUCAUCCAGAGUCUUGUCUGCAGAACAGCUCUGUUUUAAGCCGCUGCAGAGAGAGCCGUUUGUCACAGCCGCAAUACCAGGUGGAGAUGAGCUGUGCAGCACUGAUCGAGUCUGUGCUGUGUGGGUUUAACUGACGCUUAUUAUUUGUCUGUGCAAAUGGCUCUCUGGCUGAGCACGAUGGAAGGCAUGGAGUAAUCGAGUGAUAGGAUAAAGGGGUGAUGGACAUGUUCUAUGCCUCAAGCAAUGUUCUGCAUUAUUUGUCUCUGAAUCUCAGAGGAACUUAAGAACCUUGAGCUUUGCUGUGAAAUGUGGAUCUGAAGGUGUGAGUCAGCGCUGAUAAACCUGACUACCAUGCAGAAGGGGGACUAUUUGCUAAAUCUGGAUGAGCUUGAGCUUUUAAUUUUAUUUUUGUAUUUAAAAACUGUGAGACUAAGUGCGACAAUACUGAUUUUUUUUUUUU